AUGGAAGACAUUGAAAAGGGGUACACGAGCCUCCUCCAACGCCCGGCCUACACGAAAUCGACAGCUGCUAGACCGAACCCUCUUAAAACGAACCCUCGACUUGUCACACUGGGCGGUGAUCAUACAAUUCUUCUGCCUAUUCUCCGAAGCAUUCACAAAGUCUACGGACCGGUCAGCGUCAUUCACUUCGAUUCCCAUCUGGACUCGUGGAACCCAACGGCAGGGGCGCCUUCAGAUGCUGCACAGAUCACACAUGGCAGUUUCUUCUACUGGGCAAACCAGGAGGGGCUGAUUUCCAAUUCGAGCAAUAUGCAUGCUGGCCUUCGUACGACUCUGUCAGGACUUGGAGACCAUGAUGAGGACGAGCUGUGUGGUUUUGCGCGUAUUGAGGCUCGCGAGAUUGACGAUAUCGGCACACGCGGUAUCAUCGAGAAGAUCAUCGAGCGUGUUGGCACCAACAGGCCGGUUUAUUUGUCCAUUGAUAUUGACACACUCGACCCUGCCUUUGCUCCAGCGACGGGCACUCCCGAGACUGGAGGUUGGUCGACUCGGGAGCUUCGCGCAAUCAUUCGAGGACUCUCUGACAUCAACAUCAUUGGUGCGGAUGUCGUUGAAGUGUCUCCAGUGUAUGACACAAAUGCUGAGGUCACAUCGCUUGCGGCCGCAGAUUUGGUCUAUGAGAUCAUGAGCAUCUUUGUGAGGAAAGGUCCGAUGACAAUGGCUGAUGAGUAA